GUCGAAGGCUGAGAGGGAAGGCGUUCUACUAUGUUGGAGGGAAGGUUUUCUGUGAAGAGGACUUUCUGUACUCUGGUUUCCAGCAGUCUGCAGACAAGUGCAAUGCAUGUGGACAUCUGAUCAUGGACAUGAUCCUGCAGGCCCUCGGGAAGUCGUACCACCCCGGCUGUUUCCGCUGUGUCAUCUGUAAUGAGAGCCUUGAUGGAGUGCCCUUCACUGUGGACACUGAAAAUAAGAUCUACUGUCUCAAAGACUACCACAGGGUCCUGGCGCCUAAAUGUGCAGCCUGUAACCAGCCCAUCUUGCCCUCAGAGGGGUCUGACGAAACCGUUCGUGUUGUAUCCAUGGACAAGGACUAUCACGUGGAAUGCUAUCACUGUGAGGAAUGUAAGAUGGAGCUCAACGACGAGGAGGGUCACCGCUGCUACCCUCUGAACGGCCACCUUCUCUGCCACUCCUGCCACCUGAAGAACAUCGAGCUGGGCUGCUCCUCUUCCAGCGGCGCCUCCUCCUACUAAUGCCUCUGUAGGUGGAGUGAGACACCUGGUGGAUUUACAGAGGAGUUGCCACAAGAGUGUCAGACAGCAGUGGUGGCGAUGUACAAUUCUUGUUGUAGAGGAUUGAUUCAUGCAAUGCAUCAGGUCAUACUUGUGGUUUGAUAUGUAUUUUCACAGGAAUGUUAAUGAAGUUUCCAUUAUGCCUCAUGAGGUUUUGACCCCAUAAUGAAGUCCACCAAAACCUUACUUUGAAUGCAGUGAAGCAUUAUGUUCUAUCUUCUGCAUACAUACUUGGCAGGUGUUGCCAUGUUGUUGUUUUUUAUGUAAAUAUCAGUUGUGUUGGCUGUGUAAAUAUCUGAUAGUCAACUUGUUUUAGAUAUGGUGUACCUUCAACUUCACGUUUGCACUUCAGCUCUGAAUUUAAUUUCAAGAUUGAUUCAUAAAUCAUCUGCCUGAAGGUUCUAAUAAUGAUAAUCAUUUACACAAAAUAUAAUUAAGUCCACUGUUGAAUGUGAGACAAAUCACAGCUACCUAAUGUUUCAGUCGGAGAGAAAGGAUCAUCUGCUGGCUCAUUAACUAAGAUAUUAAUGGAAAUAAUUGGUUUAAUCAUGUGAUAGUCUGGAUGCCUAUAGUGCCUCCACCAUACGUUUCUACAUGCAAUAAUAUCAGUUUGUAUGUAUUUACAUAUGAGUAAUACAUAGAAAGUAACAUUAUUUGAACAUUAUUUUAAAAAGUCAUAGCAUAACAAUAAAUCAUUCUCUUUUCAAUUUGUUAACCAGUUACCACUUUAUAGAAAGGGUUUGUUUUAAUAGCGAUAACCAGAGCCUUGAGUGUUGGUAUUUUUCCAUAUACAAAUUCCAUUAUGCAAUAAAUUAGAUCAAACAAUCAUUUUUAUACACAACCAUUCCAUAGAAAUGUUAAAUAAUGCCAUUGUCCUUGAUGUUGCUACACCUUUGUGUCCUUACCAAUUCACAGCCAUGUAAACAUUUUUAUGACAUUUCUGUCUUGCUUAAAUUUCAGUAAGAAUGCUUAUUUUGUACUUUUCAAGGUUAUACUGUUCUGUAGUAAAUAAACCAAUACGCCAAUAUUUGUCACAUGCAGUCUGCUCCAAGCAGACAGACAGAUUUGCAAACUCUCUAUUUACCGAUGAAGAUGUUGGUAUUAGGCCUGGACAUCUAUGUAUUUUGUUACAAACAUUGUAUAUUUAAAAAAAGAUAUAUAUUGUAGGACUAUAUUCCUUUAUUUGUGUUAAAUUCUUUGCGCAAAACCUCUUAAAUACUAAUCUGAUCUGCAAUGGGAAGUACUGUUUUGAUUGCCUACUUUGCCAUCCUUAUUAUAUUAUUAUAUUAUUCAUGUCUUGAGUUUACUAACUUAAUACUUGUUGCUUGUCAUUUCAGGUCCUUAUUUCAUAGCCAAUUGUAGUUACAAUGAAGAGCAAACAUAUACGUGUGUUGUAUGAUUGCUGUAAAGAAAAUAUUUAAUAAAUGCAUUGCAAUGGG